AUGGCCACGACUUUGAAAAGGGAACUCCGGGAUAUCAUUCAGUACCGCAAUGCCUACUUUCUUGCGUUCUCAGCGACUACGGGAUACGUCUGCUUUGGUUGGGACAUCGGUCUAAUAGGCGGCGUGAUCUCAUUGCCAUCAUUUCAAGAAUAUUUCGGUCUGCUAUCGGAAUCAGCCUCUGCGCGCGCCAGCUUGAGCGCGAAUAUAGUCUCGGUUCUGCAAGGAGGCGGAUUCUUUGGGGCGUUGUUUUCGAGUUACUUUGCAAGUCGAUUUGGGAGAAAGCCUGUUCUAUUAGCUUCGGCAGUCAUCUACCUCAUUGGAAGCAUCAUCCAGUCAACAGCUGGAAUUGGAACGUCCCCGGCUGUCGGAUUGAAAGUUUUGUAUUUCUCCCGUUUCUUGGGCGGCAUGGGAGUAGGUUUGAUGUCAGCUUUGGUGCCAACGUACGUAUCCGAAUGUGCUCCGAGAGCCAUACGCGGUCGAUGCACCGGCUGCAUCGAGGUUGCCGUGGGACUGGGAAAUAUGCUGGCUUUUUGGGUCAACUACAGCGUUUCUCUCAAUAUCUCACCAGGACAAAUGCAGUGGCGGUUACCCAUUAUCGCCCAGAUUGUACCUGGGGCACUCUUCCUGUUUUUUAUGCUGUUCCAACCCGAGUCUCCCCGUUGGCUUGUGGAACACGGUCGCUACGAGGAAGCAGCUGUAGCCCUCGCAUAUAUUGCGAGCAAGAACCAGGAUGAUGAUGCCGUCGUGCUGACUCUCAGCGUAAUUCGCGCCGAUUUCAUCGGGAAGCACAAACUGCCACUGCUCGAACAAUUCCGCAAGAUGGGGGAGUCGAAGAUCAUAUUCCUGCGCUGUAUCAUCCCAUCUCUCGCCACCUUCUUCCAGCAGUGGUCCGGCACGAACGCAAUUAAUUACUAUGCCCCUGAAAUAUUCGCCGGCCUCGGUUUCUCAUCUACUUCUUUAGCGCUAUUUGCCACUGGCAUAUAUGGUGUCGUGAAAUUUGUCAUGACAUUAAUAACUCUCGCCUUCGUCAUCGAAAGUUGGGGUAGGAAGAGGUCCCUGAUUUAUGGUGGUCUAUUGCAGGGUUUGAUGAUGCUAUGGAUUGGCGGGUACGCUGGUGCUCACCCAAACCAGGGCGUUGUGCCAGGGACGUACGUUUCUAUCGUCGCCAUAUAUCUCUUCGGCAUCUUCUUCUGCAUAGGCUGGGGUUUUACUCCCCUUGUCCUCGGCUCUGAAGUUGCCCCAGGCCAUCUCCGUACGGCCGUCAUGUCCCUCGCAACUGCGACUACCUGGCUGUUUACUUACGUCAUCGCCCAAAUCACGCCCAUCAUGCUGAACCACAUAACCUAUGGGACUUAUCUCGUGUUCGGCGUUGCUUCAUUUAUAAUGGCAGCAUGGGUAUAUAUUUUUAUACCCGAGACGACUGGGUAUCCUCUGGAAGACAUUAAAUAUCUCUUCGAGAAGAAUAUCAUUAUUCGCUCGUUGGAAGACGCGCCUGGGGGCAGGAUUUUUCUUGGGAAACGUCGUGCCGUCCCCGUGGAGGAGCUUAAAGCCGCCGAUGUCCUUGCGCCGAAUAGUUCUAAGGAAAUUUUGGAGGAGUCGAGGUCGCGCUCGGAGGAAGCGUCCGCGCAGGGACAUUCCCUUCGAAAUUCAAAUUCACAAAAGUGGGAAGAUCCUCUUAUUAUAUAA